UCCGUCGCCGUAGAAUACAAUUCCCAAUCCACAGCUAUUUUUUAUUUUUUUUUUUAAUUUUUAUUUACCGUCUCUCUUCUUUUGGCUUAUUUGUAUUUAUUCACAAAUAUUUCUCUCUCUUUCUCUCCAAAUAAACGAAUUGCGUGUUUUUCUCUGGUCUCUUUCCGCUCUUCCUCGGUUUUGAUAAAUUUUCUCCGCUGCUGUAUUAUAGUUCUCGACCACUGGUUGAGGCGGCGGCGGCGGCGCCGGAGGGGGAGAUAUGGUGGUGAAUAGUCCCACAUCGUUGCUUGUGGCGGUGGUGGGCGGAGUAUUCUUUGUGCGGCUCGUGCUCUCCUUCAAGUCGCUGGUGUUCUGGCUGGGCCGGUGGUGGCGCUGGGCGGAGGAGCGCACGCAAGCCUACCAGAGCUUCGAGAUCCCGCAGCGCACCGAAGUCGGCGAAGACAACCCGCUCUACCGCUGCGCCGUUACCUACGUCGCCGCCCUCCCCUCUCUUGAACACGCCGACUCCGCCAUGCUGUUCUCCUCCGGCCGUAAGCCGAACGACUUCUUCCUCCUCCUCGGCCCCGGCCACUCCGCCGUUGACUUCUUCCUCGGCGCCCGCGUCACCUGGAGUAACGUCUCUGGCCGCUUGGUCCUGCGGCUUCGCCGCCAGGACCGCACCCGCUUCCUUCGCCCCUACCUCCAGCACGUCGAAUCGGUCGCCGACGACCUCGAGCUCCGGCGGAGGGACGUCAGGUUGUACACCUUGUCCGGCGGAGGCCCGCGGUGGCGGUCGGUUUCUUUCACCCAUCCGGCGAGCAUGGAGACGGUUGCCAUGGACGCGGACCUCAAGUCGCGGGUCCGCGCCGACCUGGAGUUCUUCCUCAAGGGCCGCGCGUACUACCAUCGCCUCGGUAGGGUUUGGCGGCGGAGCUACCUUCUCUACGGCCCACCCGGGACCGGCAAGUCCACCUUCGUCGCCGCUAUGGCCAAGCUCCUCUGCUACGACAUCUACGACGUCGACCUCUCCCGCGUCUCCGCCGACGGCACCGAUCUGAAGGCGCUCCUCCUCGGCACGACCCCCCGGUCGGUGAUCCUGGUGGAGGACCUCGACCGGCACCUCAAGGGGAAGGGCGUUGGCGAGGUGGGGAUUCUAAACUUCAUGGAUGGCGUCUUCUCCUGCUGCGGCGAGGAGCGGGUGAUGGUGUUCACCAUGAACUCAGACGGCGGAGGGAUGGAGGCGGUCGAGCCGGCGGUGCUGCGGCCUGGGCGCCUCGACGUUCACAUCCACUUCCCCCUUUGCGAUUUCACCGCCUUCAAGACGCUGGCGAACAACUACCUGGGCCUCAAGGACCACAAGCUGUACCCGCAGGUGGAGGAGGUGUUCCAGAGCGGCGCCAGGAUCAGCCCGGCCGAGGUCGGCGAGAUCAUGAUCGCGAACCGCGGCUCGCCCAGCCGGGCUCUCAAGUCGGUCAUCAGCGCGCUCCAGCAGCACGCGCCGUCCGCCUCACGUAUCAACAGCGCCGCCUGUCGGAGGUUGAGCGACGGAGGCGCCUGGAGCAGGUUGGAGAACUCGGUCGGCGACUCCAGCAACGGCGCCAUGGGGUUCGGGAAGGAGUUCAAGAAGCUGUACGGGCUGAUUAGGAUGAGGAGCGGCAGCAAGAAGGAAGGCGCGGUGCCCGUGGAGUUGGAUAAGGACCGUUCCACGUUGAAGAACUAACUUUACUCGAUUUUUUCAUGCAAAAUUCGAUCUUUUUACUCCCUCUUUUCUAUUUUUUAUUAUCUUAGAUUUGUUUUCUUAGCAUGGGAUGAUCAAAGAAUUGGUACGGAAGCCUUCAUUUUUUUUGUUUUGGAGACGGAAGAAGCAGCCAUUGUAGCUGUAGAAAGAUAGGCAAACUCAAUCGAUCGUCGUUUGUGAAUACUGUAAAUGACACAGUUUGCUCAGAUUACAUUUCAGUUAUCAA